UUGAUUGGCUAAAUAAAAUGUAAACCGGAAGUUACGUCAGAGGUUGUGAAUCGAGAGGGAUUUUGGUACGAAAUUCAGUGGUCACGGUUCAACCUCAAAAUACGUUUUGGCUGUUAUUGUCUGCCUUUACAUUAGAAUCAAAUUCACAGGGAAGUUAAAUACAAUGCAGAGAACACAGAAAAUGUCAAACAGUGUACUUCUAUGGAGUAUUUAGAGCCGUUUUGCUUUCUAUAAACUAGCUAUGAACGUGUUCCAUUGUUUGCUACCCAGCCAAUUGCUAACUAGCUAGCAAGCGUAUAGCUUUUGAUAGCUGAAAAAACACAAAUAAAGAGGCACCACAAGUCAAGUGACUAACGCAAAAUGCCGGAGAUAAAACUUAAGCACGUCGUGUCUUGCAGCACCGAAGACAAUGUAAGUUGUCCAACUACUAGCUAGGCUAAUUAGCUAGUACAUUAGCCUGCUUGAUAGCUUCCUGACGUGUUAGCUAGCUAGGUUUGCUUGCUGUCUGAUUGAGAGAUCAUGUUUACUGUUUAGCCCUCUAUAUGAGCAGUCUGCACAUGGCUUUUUUGCAGCCCACCAGAACAGAAAUAAUCAUUGUGACCGUACUGUACAGUAUUUGCAUGCACCCUUCGAAGUAGUUAGUUAACUACACUUCCCAGUCAUUUGUUGUUAAAAAUGUAUCUUGAAUGUAAACAGUAACUCCUAUUUCCAGUGGUAACAACACCAGUUGGCAAUUGUAGUUCAUAGGGUCCUAGCUAUUCUUGUUGUUUCCUUGCAGACUCACAAGGCUGACAACCUGCUGAGCUCAGACACAUACAGGAAAUGGAAAGCAGCAAGGCCAGGGGAGAAACAAACCUCAGUCAUUAUACAGGUAAGUAGGCUACUUCUCCUCCGCUCUGUGUUUUCAUGGGAUUGUGUAACAAUUCACUGACUCCAAUUCACACAGCAAAUUUGUGGGUGUUAAAUCUCAGUGUUGAGGUCAAAAAUGUUGUGAGUGUUAUAUCUUAGUGUUGAUUCUAGUGGUGUUAACACCAGUGGGAUUUAAAUUGACGCAACCUGCAAUGAAUAAAUGAAGUGUUAUUUGAAUCACAGUGGAAUCAACACUGCAUGUCAUUACUCGACUGUGGUUAAUUUCAUUUAACUCAUAUUUCCCAGCAUGCUUUGUUGCGGGUUGACUUUCAGAAUGGUUUGUUUUAAUAUAUACUGUAUGUUUCUGCAUGCACAUUCAUUAAUUGAUCUAAGAUAAAUAACCUACAUUUUCCUAAAAUAUUCCAAUCUGUGUGGUUGGACUUAUUGCACCCGUUACUGAGAUGGUUGUUCCAGUUUAGAUGUUUUAGGUAGUCUUGUUUGACGAGUUCUUCACCAUAGCAGUCAUUCUGAAUGCAGAUUGUGGGUGAUAAAUUGUUGAAUAUCCUCCCUAUUAGGGGUGUGAACGUUAAAACGUUUAAACAAAAUUUGGAUCCUCAACCUUAAGAAACUAUCCCUAACUGAAUAACUACCACUAACAGGUCCCAAUCAUCAUCAUAAAGGGAAAAUAACAAUUAAAUAAAUACCUAACGCAACAAUGUAACGUUAGUAGGAGGAAAAAAAGCAGAGCAGCAGCUCAAAUGUGAGUGACAAGGGGAGCAGGGAGUGGGAGAGGGUUGGCAACCAAGUCGACUCGUGCUGGUAGACUACUUAUUGCUAGUUAUUUAUCAUCUCAUCUAAUUACUUCAGGGCUCUCCAACCCUGUUCCUGGAGAGCUACCCUACUGUAGGUUUUUCGCUCCAACCCCAGUUGUAACUAACCUGAUUCAGCUAAUCAACCAGCUAAUUCUUAUAAUUAGGUGCGCUAGAUUAGGAUUGGAUUGAAAACCUACAGGACAGUUGCUCUCCUGGAACAGGGUUGGAGAGCCCUGGAUUACAUAGUACCUGUUUUGACUGCAUCAAACCAAGAGAAGCAAGCUAGGCAGCUAGCUAGCUAGCUAACGUUAACUAGGCUAAUUGAAACUACAUAACUUUAACUAUGCGCUUUCUCGCUUUCUAAAUCCUACAGUAAAUAACAACUCCAUUCAGAUUAUAGUAGCAGCCUACCUGUUGGGUCUUGGUGUUGUAGUCUGUCCUUCUCAUUUAACUUUUAGUUUGUCAUUUUAAUUUAAUCUUCCAUUGAUUAGCCGAGAUAUCUCCUAAUAACUUAACACAGGCUCUAGCUGUAUGACUGUAGCCUAGUGCCGGUUUGAUGACUUGUAAUUGGAUGACAAAAACAACAAGCUACACGCGCCACACGUGAAAAGCAAGAGCAGCAGCGAUACCAUUUUCUCUCUCUGCAGGAAGCAUGAUGUAGACCAUCUGCAUUGUGAAUUCAAAUAUAAUUUUAUUAAACGUUCUUAUAGUUUUAACGGAAAAUCGAUAAAUAUCUGUUUAAAUGACAAGAAUAAAUUUCCAAAUGUCCCUGUGGCUGGAUUCCAAUACAUUUACAUUUGAUAUUUUAGUCAUUUAGCAGACACUCUUAUCCAGAGCGACUUACACUUAGUGAGUGCAUACAUUUUCAUACUGGCCCCCCGUGGGAAUUGAACCCACAACCCUGGCGUUGCAAACGCCAUGCUCUACCAACUGAGCUACACGGGACUAGAAAUGAAAAAUUACUUCACAAGCCAGCAUAUUCAAAUCAAAUCAAAUUUUAUUUGCCACAUGCGCCAAAUACAACAGGUGUAGACAUUACAGUGAAAUGCUUACUUACAAGCCCUUAACCAACUAUUCAUAAAAAUCAAAUAAAAAAGUAAAAAUAAAAAAGCAAAUAACUAAAGAGCAGCAGUAAAAUAAAAUAACAGUAGGGAGGCUAUAUACAGGGGGGUAUCGGUGCAGAGUCAAUGUGCGGGGGCACCGGCUAGUCGAGGUAAUUGAGGUAAUAUGUAUGAGGUAAUAUGUACAUGUGGUUAAAGUGACUAUGCAUAAAUAAUAAACAGAGUAGACAGAGUAGCAGCAGCGUAAAAGAGGGGGUGGGGGGGGCAGUGCAAAUAGUCCGGGUAGCCAUGAUUAGCUGUUCAGGAGUCUUAUGACUUGGGGGUAGAAGCUGUUGAGAAGCCUUUUGGACCUAGACUUGGCGCUCCGGUACCGCUUGCCAUGCGGUAGCAGAGAGAACAGUCUAUGACUAGGGUGGCUGGAGUCUUUGACAAUUUUGAGGGCCUUCCUCUGACACUGCCUGGUAUAGAGGUCCUGGAUGGCAGGAAGCUUGGCCCCAGUGAUGUACUGGGCCGUACGCACUACCCUCUGUAGUGCCUUGCGGUCGGAGGCCAAGCAGUUGCCAUACCAGGCGGUGAUGCAACCAGUCAGGAUGCUCUCGAUGGUGCAGCUGUAGAUCUUUUUGAGGAUCUGAGGUCCCAUGCCAAAUAUCUUCAGUCUCCUGAGGGGGAAUAGACUUUGUCGUGCCCUCUUCACGACUGUCUUGGUGUGUUUGGACCAUGAUAGUUCGUUGGUGAUGUGGACUCCAAGGAACUUGAAGCUCUUAACCUGUUCCACUACAGCCCCGUCGAUGAGAAUGGGAGCGUGCUCAGUCCUAUUUUUUUUCCUGUAGUCCACAAUCAUCUCCUUUGUUUUGAUCACGUUGAGGGAGAGGUUAUUAUCCUGGCACCACACGGCCAAGUCUCUGACCUCCUCCCUAUAGGCUGUCUCAUCGUUGUCGGUGAUCAGGCCUACCACUGUUGUGUCGUCUGCAAACUUAAUGAUGGUGUUGGAGUCGUGCCUGGCCAUGCAGUCAUGGGUGAACAGGGAGUACAGGUCGUGGCAAAAUGUCUUAAGGACAACAAAGUCAAGGUAUUGGAGUGGCCAUCACAAAGCCCUGACCUCAAGCCUAUAGAAAAUCUGUGGGCAGAACUGAAAAAGCGUGUGCGAGCAAGGAGGCCUACAAACCUGACUCAGUUGCACCAGCUCUGUCAAGAGGAAUGGGCCAAAAUUCACCCAACUUAAAUUGUGAUUUGCAGGUCUGAUAUGGCCCAUGAGCCAGGUUUUUCAGACCACAGUGUUGGGGGGAAACUAGGCCAUAACUAAAUGCCUUAUGAAAUGUAUAAUGUAUGGUCAUAAAGGGUUUACUUUUAAUUUGAACAUGAUUAAAAAAUAAACAGAACGUAGCUAAGCACAGGCAAAAUCCUAGAGGGAAACCUGGUGCAGUCUGCUUUCCAUCAGACACUGGGAAAUCAGUUCACUUUUCAGCAGGAUAAUAACCUAAAACACAAGGCCAAAUCUACACUGGAGUUGCUUACCAAGAAGUCAGUGAAUGUUCCUGAGUGUCCGAGUUACGGUUUGGACUUAAAUCUACUUGAAAAUCUAUGGCAAGACCUGACAAAUGGUUGUCUAGCAAUGAUCUGCAACCAAUUUGACAGAGCUUGAAGAAAUGUUUAAAGAAUAAUGGGCAAAUGUUGCACAAUCCAGGUGUGGAAAGCUCUUAGACAUUCCCAGAAAGACACAGUUGUAAUCGCUGCCAAAGGUGCUUCUACAAAGUAUUGACUCAGGGGGGUGAAUACUUAUGUAAAUUAGCUAUUUCUGAAUUUCAUUAUUUUUUUAAUUCAAAAAUGUCUAAAAACAUGUUUUCUAUUUGUCAUUAUGGAGUAUUGUGUGUAGAUGGGUGAGAAAAUAACAAAACAAUUUAAUACAUUUUGAAUUCAGGCUGUAAGUUACACAACAAAAUGUGGAAUAAAUCAAGGGGUAUGAAUACUUUCUGAAGGCAUUGUAACACUUCCCAUUGCCCUGUUUGUUUUUUCCUAGUUUGUACUAAAUAACCCAUGCUGUUUCCCCCAUCGUUUCAGUUUGAGAAAGAAGAGCAGGUGCACAGCAUAGACAUAGGAAAUGAAGGGUCUGCUUUUAUUGAGGUGCUGGUGGGACACUCAACCUCUGUCAAAGACCAGGACUAUGAGGUAUGCCACCCCCUUACUGUACAUUGUAGUACCUCUAUACCUCGCUGAUGUCUACCACACUGAAUGCACUGAGUGAAGAUACUAGUCUCUGCCUCUUAUUAUGGACAAUACUACCAUUACUUAUAGUGUGCUGCUUAAUUCCUAAGAGAACCUCUCCCUCCCAGGUUCUGCUGGUCACGUCCUCCUUCAUGUCCCCCACGGAGAGCCGUAACGGCACCAACACCAACCGGUGUACGCUUCUUUGGCCCUAACCAGCUGGUGAAGGCUCAAGCCCAGGAGAAGUGGGACCGCGUGAAGAUUGUGUGUAGCCAGCCGUACAACAAGGUGAGCUGCACAGCACCAAGAGAGAACAUUAGUGGACAGAGAGCAUUGUGUGUGUAUGUCAUGCCACCUAAAUCAAUGUAAACCAGGGUCGUAUUCAUUAGGCAGCAAAUGGACUGAAACAGGGGAGGGACUACCUACACUUGUCCAAUAAGAAAUGUCAAUUUUCGUACUCCGUUGCGAAACGUUUACAACCCUGGCGAUGCGUUAUUAGUCAAGUUAUGUGAAAAGUUCAGCUAAGGCUGCGACGGUCUUGGAAUUUGAGGUUACGGUAAUUGGCCUGGCCAAUGUACACGGUCACCGACAUAACGGGGGGGUAUGCUUCUUAAUAAAACCUAUUUGAAACAAGCCAUUACACUUCGUUAUUAUCAUGGCAUUUCAUUAUUAUUAUUCUUGUUAUUACUUAUUAACGGAGUCAAAAUAAAGAUUUAUGCCUGCCCUGAAUAAUGUUUUUUUAUACAGAUCCUAUUUCGACACACAACCAUUGAAAUGAAGUCGGAUGGGUUUUCUACCACUUUCCCCGAAAUAUUCGUAUAACGUCACAAUCCCUGCGGCUGUCAUUCGAUGGCAUUGGCAUAUGUUCUUCGAAGAGAGAAAUAAUGUAGCCUAAGCUACUGAAAAUAGGCCUUUUACAAGAUUAGAUCAUGACAGGAGCGUUUGAUUUUUAUUAAAGAGAUUGAGUCCAGGCAGGCUACUUUAGGUAACUUUCUGAAUGGACAUACAGGCCUAUAGAGCCCCACAGUGGAGGUGUCAUAAUACCCAUAAAACCUAGUGGUCAAACAGGGAAAUGGUUCCAAUUGUUUUUCCACCAUUCAUUUUUCCCAUAGUUUUUUUUUAGAAACACUUCAAAUAAGGGCUGUGUUUUGUGUAGGCUUACCCUGGCGUGACGUUUUGAUAACCAUGUAAAUCUCUCUGGACAAAGUGACUUUUAUCAAUGUAUUCGGCUCUAUUUACUCUCCAAUUUCAAAGUAGACAUUAUGCAAAACUACAAAUCCCUACGUCAUCUCUAGCUGACACCUUUGCUAACAUGUAAACUUGCACAAGACAGUUCACAGAAUUGUACAUUUAAAGAAAUGUAGCCAAUUUUUUUCAUUACUACAUUUAGCUAACAUUAGAUAGUUAAUCCAGAGAUUCUUACCUUUGCCUCGAUUCGUCAGUCUCGUCCAGAUCAUCAUGGCAUUUGUAGUUCUUUAUGAUAGCCCCAUUAGCAGCUAAUUAGCAUUUCAUUUUUGGGGGGUAAAUGCAGGCAAAUAUAUUUAUAAAAGUCACCUUGUCCUAGAGAGAUUUACACGGUUAUCAAAACGUCAUGCCAGGGUAAACCUACACGAAACACAGCCCUUAUUUGAAGUGUUUCUAAAAUGAAUGGUGGAAAAAAUGAUUGGAACCAUUUCCUUGUUUGACCGCUAAGUUUUAUGGGUAUUAUGACUCAUUCUGUGGUACUCUAUUGAGAGAAUCAGCUAACCCACACACGCACACCCCCGUAAAAGCACCCGUCAAUCAAAGCCACCAGUGUAUGUCAGACCCAAGCAAAUAUUUUUCAGACCUUAAAACGUAUAAAAAAACUUAGGCCUACCUUACGCUUUCCGAAAGUAGGCUAUAAUAUAAUGAAAGAAAGUAUGAAGGGGACAGCUAUGCUAUAAUAUGAAGAUUAAAUUGACAAUCCUUAAAAUAGAAACAAAUACCCGCAACAGCCUAUUUACCAACAACGUUGAUUAUCGAGGGGGAGAGUGUUGGAAAGAUUUCUCAAAUAUUGUGAGGAACUAUUAUAAUUUGAAUGGAUGAAAAAAAUGUAACUGACUUCGUUGACUUCCUAAUGUGAGGUGAAGAAAGAAGCCCAGCUGGGCACUUUCCUACAUUUUGACAUUUACAAGAAGCAGGACAGGUAUACUAUAUAUACAAAAGUAUGUGGACACCCCUUCAAAUUAGUGGAUUCGGCUAUUUCAGCCACACCCGUUGCUGACAGGUGUAUAAAAUUGAGCACACAGCCAUGCAAUCUCCAUAGACAAACAUUGGCAGAAGAACGGCCUUACUGAACAGCUCAGUGACUUUCAACGUGGCACUGUCAUAGCAUACCACCUUUCCAACAAGUCAGUUCAUAACAUUUCUGCCCUGCUAGAGCUGCCCCAGUCAACUGUAAGUGCUGUUAUUGUGAAGUGGAAACGUCUAGGAGCAAAACGGCUCAGCCGCAAAGUGGUAGGCCACACAAGCUCACAGAACGGGACCUUCGAGUGCUGAAGCGCGUAGCGUGUAAAAAUCAUCUGUUCUCAGUUGCAACACUCACUACUGAGUUCCAAACUGCCUCUGGAAGCAAUGUCAGCACAAUAACUGUUUGUCGGGAGCUUCAUGAAAUGGGUUUCAAUGGCCGAGCAGCCGCACACAAGCCUAAGAUCACCAUGCGCAAUGCCAAGUGUCAGCUGGAGUGGUGUAAAGCUAGCCGCCAUUGGACUCUAGAGCAGUGGAAACGCGUUCUCUGGAGUGAUGAAUCACGCUUCGCCAUCUGGCAGUCCGACGGACCAAUCUGGGUUUGGCGGAUGCCAGGAGAACGCUCCCUGCCCCAAUGCAUAGUGUCAACUGUAAAGUUUGGUGGAGGAGGAAUAAUGGUCUGGGGCUGUUUUUCAUGGUUCGGGCUAGGCCCUUUAGUUCCAAUGAAGGGAUAUCUUAACGCUACAGCAUACAAUGACAUUUUAGACGAUUCUGUGCUUCCAACUUUGUGGCAACAGUUUGGGGAAGGCCCUUUCCUGUCUCAGCAUGACAAUGCUCCCGUGAAAGCAAGGUCCAUACAGAAAUGGUUUGUUGAGAUCGAUGUGGAAGAACUUGAUUGGCCUGCACAGAACCCUGACCUCAGCCCCAUCGAACACCUUUGGGAUGAAUUGGAACGCCGACUGCAAGCCAGGUCUAAUCUCCCAACAUCAGCGCCCGACCUCACUAAUGCUCAUGUGGCUGAAUGGACGGUAGGCUACCACAUGGGCAUUCAUAAAAGUGCAUUGCGGGCGACACUGUUUAUAUAGCUUAGGCUGCUAUUAUACUUUGUGGGGGUAGGCCAUGUUUUUGGUCUCACCUAGAGCGGCAUAUCGGCCAGGACCGGGCCUGAUCAGAGUUGAUUAGUCUAUAAAUUAAGAAAAUAUUCUGUGUCAAAUUAUACCAUGGCAAGUUGGAGAGGAUUGGCGCAUUGUUCAUUUGACACAUUAGUGCAUUAUAGGCCUCAUAUCCAGAACAACGUUGUCGACUGCUGUUGAAUAAUUAAUGAAUAGUCAAGACACAUCCAACCUUUUUUAAAAGAACCAUUUAUUUAUUUACUAGCAAAGCAAUGAAAGCGUGCAUUGUAUAAAAGAAUCAAAUAUGUUUUUUACUGAAGUGCCAUAGCCUACACCGCCGCGCAUCUAGGGAUUAGCUGCUCAAACAUCAAAGGACAGUUGGAAAGAGGAGGAGAUGUAGAACAUUUAGUAGACAGACUGUUAGCAAAACAUUUGCUUAUAAUCAUUAGUAAACUCCUGCUAUUAGGUAAAGUUUAUCUACAUGAAAAGAAUGUUAAUAAAACAUUAAAAAAAUCCUAUAAUGAAUGUAGGCCUAUUUAAAUGGUUUUGACGGUUAUUUUAAUGACAGUCUAUAUCCAUAACCGUCAGUUACACGGUUAUUCAGUUACUGUCACAGCCCUAGUCUCAGCACAGUUCCUAUUGAAUACACUUAGGAAAAUGAUUCAGAUUGGAAUGACAUGACAACAAAUGGCAUUUUCCACCCUCAGAGCAUAGCAUACGGAGUGGCCUUUGUGAAGUUCCAUUCACCACCAGACAAAAGUGAUCCACCAACCACAACACCCCCGGUAAGAGAUGCUCAGCCGCCAUCUUUAACCUUCUUCUACAUAACCCUCUCUCCACUGAGACUGACGCAAUAGACUCAUUCACUAUAUAAAUAUAUAUAUAUAUAUAUAUAUAUAUAUAUUCAAUUGAUUAGACAUGAUUUGGAAAGGCGCACACCUGUCUAUAUAAGGUCAAAAAUCAAGCCAUGAGGUUUAAGGAAUUGUCCGUAGACAGGAUUGUGUCGAGGCACAGAUCUGAGGAAGGGUACCAAAACAUUUCUGCAGUAUUGAACAUCCCCCAAAACACAGUGGCCUCCAUCACUCUUAAAUGGAAUAAGUUUGGAACCACCAAGACUCUUCCUAGAGCUGGCCAUCCGGCCAAACUGAGCAAUCGGGGGAGAAGGUCCUUGGUCAGAGAGGUGGCCAAGAACCCGAUGGUCACUCUGACAGAUCUCCAGAGAUCCUCUGUGGAGAUGGGUGAACCUUCCAGAAGGACAACCAUCUCUGCAGCACUCCACCAAUCAGGCCUUUAUGGUAGAGUGGCCAGACGGAAGCCACUCCUCAGUAAAAGGCACAUGACAGCCCGCUUGGAGUUUGCCAAAAGGCACCUAAAGGACUCUGAGACCAUGAGAAACAAGAUUCUCUGGUCUGAUGAAACCAAGAUUGAACUAUUCGGCCUGAAUGCCAAGCAUCACGUCUGGAUUAAACCUGGCACCAUCCCUACGGUGAAGCAUGGUGGUGGCAGCAUCAUGCUCUGGGGAUGUUUUUCAGUGGCAGGGACUGGGAGACUAGUCAGGAUCGAGGGACAGAUGAAUGGAGCAAAGUACAGAGAUCCUUGAUGAAAACCUGCUCUAGAGCGCUCAGGACUUCAGACUGGGGCGAAGGUUUAGCUUCCAACAGAACAACAACCCUAAGUACACAGCCAAGACAACGCAGGAGUGGCUUCAGGACAAGUCUCUGAAUGUCCUUGAGUGGCCCAGCCAGAACCCGGACUUGAACCCGAUCGAACAUCUCUGGAGAGACCUAAAAAUAGCUGUGCAGCGACGCUCCCCAUCCAACCUGACAGAGCUUGAGAGGAACUGCAGAGAAGAAUGGGAGAACCUCCCCAAAUACAGGUGUGCCAAGCUUGUAGCGUCAUACCCAAGAAGAUUUGAGGCUGUAAUUGCUGCUAAAGGUGCUUCAACAAAGUACUGCGUAAAGGGUCUGAAUACUAUGUAAACGUGAUAUUUCAGUUUUAAUUUUAAUACAUUUGCAAAAAUAUCUGAAAACCUAUUUUUGCUUUGUUAUUAUGGGGUAUUGUGUGUAGAUUGAUGAGGAAAAUAAACAAUUUAAUCAAUUUUAGAAUAAGGGUGUAAUGUAACAAAACAUGAAAAAAGUCAAGGGGUCUGAAUACUUUCUGAAUGCACUGUAAAUCCAUAUGCCACCAUCUGUUGCGCAGAUCCAGUAAUAUGCUUCAACCCCAAAUGAAUGGGCACUGUUUUAUUUCUUCAUUAGAUGGUGCUUGUCUUUCCCAUUUAAUUUGGGAUUUAGGCAUAUAACUGGAUCCACACAACAGAUGGGAUAGGCUGUGGACUCAUCUAGAGAGUAGACAACUUUUUUGCAAAAAUGUCUUUGAUUUGAGUGAACGAACUUGAAUUCAUACCAUAAAAAAUUAUAUUUAUGUGCACUGUCCUGUGCUUUCCUAACAUGACUCACUGGUCAGACUCACUCUCUCCCAACACUAACGUCUCUCUUGCCCCCUGACAGAAGUUGACCAAGCUGGGCCAGUUUCGGAUGAAGGAUGAGUCCCCCUUGGCUGGCCCCAGUCUACAGCCAGGCAGCCUCUUCUUCAACAGAGAGAGCACCUCCAAACCCAGCCCAGCGCUGAAGAGUAAGCCUGCUACUGUACUCAACCGAAAGGCCUAGGAACAACUCAUUACAGAUUGCAGGUUUAUUAGCGCUUAUUGAUGUGGCGUGAGUGAGCGAUUAGCACCAUAAGGUCUGCUGGUGGGGUGAGAAAUGUGAAACAAUAUUUCCCGACUUCUUCUCUCACAAUCUCCGUCACCUCUUCUCCCCCCACAGUUUCGCCACAGACUGAGAAGCUCAGCUAUGCAGCUGCCGCCCUGCAGUCUGGGUCUGGGUCUGGUCACUCAACAGCCCCACCGUCCUCCAACUCUCCCCCACCACAGGUAAGGACCAAGGCUUGGUGUGUGUCCCAAAUGGCACCGUAAUCCCUAUAUAGUGCAAUACUUUUGAUCAGAGUCCAUAGGGUUGCAUCAUUGGCUUCUCUAUGACCAGAACUGAUGGUGAAUCAUUCAUUAAGUCCUUCCAGGCUAGUGCGAACUGACCUGAAUCUCCAGGCUAUGAUACUAGUUAUGUCCCAAAUGGCACCUUAUUCUAUUCCUAUAUAGUGCAGUAGUUGUCACAAGCGCCCUAUGGGUCUUGGUCAAAAGUAGUGCACUAUAUAGGGAAUAGGGUGCCAUUUGAGAGGCAGACACAAUAUUGAUUUCUUUAAAAAGAGGUACAAGGUGAUUGUUUUUUUCUUCCCUGCAGCUGUGUUUGGUAGACUGCACCAUCAUAGCUAAUGUAGUAUAGAUUUAAUUUAAACAUUGUAAAUCAUGAAUAGUGAAAAGAGAUGACACAGUAUGGAGACAUAUGUUUUGCUUCUGGUACAUUUUUCUAGAGGCUCAGAGAUGGAUCAUUCUUUCAAGCAAGAGGCGAUGUUACUCACUUAUAAAUGUGUUCACAUAAGUGUAAGCAUAAUUAGGUUUGCUUGUUUAUUUUCUCUGCUAAUUUUUGUCGGUUAUCCCACUUAUAGACAUGAUAAGCAGUUUUUUUUCUAAGUUGUUUCUUUUCUUAAUUGAAAAGUGAGUGUUCUCAACUGCUUUGCUCUUUGAGUGUACAUUUCUCUCAUGGUUUUACCAUAAGGACAAAUCACUUUAUCCAUCCUCUCCUUUCUCCUAGGCACCAGUGAAGAGGAAGUUUGAGUUCAGUAAAGAGCGCCAGUCUGCCCCCACUCCGCCCCCCUCAAAGAAACCCAUCCCCAUGGGCUCCCCUGAACGGGGCACUACCACCCCCAAACCCAAGGCCAAAUCCAGCACAGCCACUACUCCCAGCCCCAGCACUGCCAAAGGUAAAGACACCCUACAAGACAAUCGUCACAGUCAGCCAGCCAGCCACUCACUCACUCUACACCUUUUUCACCUAUGCUUGUGUGAAUAAAGUACAUUUAAUAAAUCGAUGCAAAUACCCUGAUAUAUUCGAUUUACCUCUCUCCUCACCUCUGUUAUUCUUCUCACCCCAGCCUCCCCUGCCCAGAAAACCCCAGACAUCAAGAAGAAGGAGAGCCUGUCCAAGCCAGAAGCCAAGACCAGACCCAAGCCCUCCAAAGCCCAGUCCAGCUCCUCCGAGGCCCCCGUCUCCCUCAACAAGAUCAUGGAGGGGGUGGUGUUUGUUCUGAGCGGCUUCCAGAACCCCUUCCGGGGGGACCUGAGGGACAAGGCCUUGGCCAUGGGGGCCAAGUACCGCUCCGACUGGACCCCCGACGCCACACACCUCAUGUGAGUGGAGGAGAUGGAGAUAAAUGGUGCUGGGACUGGGAGGUGGUAGUUUAAGUACUCUUUAGUUGGGUCCCCAUUGUAAUCUGAAUUCAUAGUGGUAAAUUAAAGAUGCAUGAAAAUGGGAAUAGAGUGAGGUAAGAACAUAUUGCAUUGGAAACAGGUCAACAAGAAUGGUGUGGAAUACAACCAACAAUGGGGCUGGUAUAUUAGUAGUGGUAGUAAUAUUUGUAGGAGUAAUAUUAUAAAGUAUAUUCUCCAUCUCCUAUACAACCAAGACUAGUGUAACUACAAGAGUAUCACAAUAACAGCAUGGAAAGCAAAGCAGAACAUGUGACCCAUAUCGGCCUCAUGCUCUGCCAUAGUAGCAGUGGAGUGUCCCUGGCUUCCCUCCAGUGCCUGCAUCCCAUAUGGCACUCUAUUUAUUGCACUACACUAUACAGGGAAUUGGGUGCCAUUUGGGAUGUAGCCACGGUCCCUUUGGACCCUGGUCGAAAAUAGUGCACGACAUUGGGAAUAGGGUGCCAUUUGGGACACAACCGUGCUAACCAAGUGUUUAUCUUCAUCCAGCUGUGCCUUCUCCAACACCCCCAAGUACAGCCAGGUGAAGUCAGCAGGGGGCAUCAUCGUCCGGAAGGAGUGGGUGCUAGACUGCCACAAGAGGAAGCAGAAGAUCUCCUUCAAACGGUAAGGGGAGGGAGGGAGAGACGGAGGGAGGGAGGCAGAGAGAGAGCGGGGAGGAUGGUAUAAAAACUGAAAGAGAAGAUAGACAGACUUGUUGAAAAGUGUGCUUCUACUAAAUGGGUUCUCUGACUCUGUGCCACCCAUUCUCUAUCAGAAAGCAGCCAUUAUAACCGUCUUUGAAUUCAGCAUAUUAAGUGAAGUUGGCAGUUAAUGGUGUUUCUAAGCACCUAUUGCCAAGGCUUUACCUGUACCUAUGCAGCUCACUGAAGAGUGUUACCUUGAAUAGUUGAAGCCUGCUGUGAUGUAUUCAAUCUCUAACUUCUACCAAUGAUUCUUGUCAUAACAAGCUGGAACAAUGUAUUGAAGAAUACAUCGCUGGAUCUCGAGUUAGUCAAAGCAAGGCCUCAGAUAAUAAGAAAAGGUUAUUUGAGGGUUUCUUACCACACCUCUCUUCAAGGUGAAAAUAUAUUUCACAUAAGGUGUUCACUGCUUCCACGGGUAGUUACCAGACCUGGGUUCAAAUACUAUUUGUAUUUCAAUAAGACCUCAUUUCAAAUACAUUUCGAACAAAGUAUUUAGUCAAACAUUAUUUGAAAAUACAAGUUGAAUAUUGGAAUGUAUUUGUAAAUAUAUUUGGAAAGUAUUGACAUGCAUUUACAACUACUUAUAUUUAAAGUAGUUGUUUUGGGCUGUGUAUUUCAAACUACUCAAAUACACAUAAAAGUGUAUUUUCAAAUACUUAUACUGAACAAAAAUAUAAAUGCAACAAUUUCAAAGAUUUUACUGAGUUCCAGUUCAUAUAAAGAAAUCAGUCAAUUGAGAUAAACUCAUUAGGAUUUGACGACUGGGCAGGGGUGCAGCCAUGGGUGUUCCUGGGAGGGCAUAGGCUGACCCACUUGGGAGCCAGGCCCAGCCAAUCAGAAUGAGUUUUUCCCCCAAAAAGGGCUUAAUUACAGGCAUAAAUACUCCUCAGCACCCCCAUCAGACGAUCUCGCAGGUGAAGAAGCCAGAUGUGGAUGUCCUGCGCUGGCGUGGUUGUGUGACAAAACUGCACAUUUUAGUGGCCUUUUAUUGUCCCCAGCACAAGGUGCACCUGUGUAAUGAUCAUGCAUUUUAAUUAUCUUGGCAAAGGAGAAAUGCUCACUAACAGAUGUAAACAUUUUUGGGGAUCUUUUAUUUCAGCUCAUGAAACAUGGGACCAACACUUUACAUGUUGCGUUUUAUAUUUUUGUUCAGUGUAAAAUGUAUUUGUACCCAGGUCUGGUACUUAGACUGCCUUGCAAAAGUAUUCAUCCCCCUUGGCGUUUUUCCUAUUUUGUUGCAUUACAACCUGUAAUUUAAAUUGAUUUUUAUUUUAAUUUAUGUAAUGGACAUACACAAAAUAGUCCAAAUUGGUGAAGUGGAAUGAAAAAAAUAACUUGUUUCAAAAAAUUCUAAAAAAUAAAUAACGGAAAAGUGGUGCGUGCGCAUAUGUAUUCACCCCCUUUGCUAUGAAGCCCCUAAAUAAGAUCUGGUGCAAACAAUUACCUUCAGAAGUCACAUAAUUAGUUAAAUAUAGUCCACCUGUGUGCAAUAUAAGUGUCACAUGAUCUCAGUGUAUAUAUACACCUGUUCUGAAUGGCCCCAGAGUCUGCAGCACCACCAAGCAAGUGGCACCAAGAAAAUAAUAAAUCAAUAAAAAUAAUUAGUCAUUUAGCAGACGCUCUUAUCCAGAGCGACUUACAGGAGCAAUUAGGGUUAAGUGCCUUGCUCAAGGGCACAUCGACAGAUUUUUCACCUAGUCGGCUCGGGGAUUAGAACCAGCGACCUUUCGGUUACUGGCACAACGCUCUUAACCACUAAGCUACCUGCCGCCAAGGAGCUCUCCAAACAGGUCAGGGACAAAGUUGUGGAGAAGUACAGAUCAGGGUUUGGUUAUAGAAAAAUAUCCGAAACUUUGAACAUCCCACGGAGCACCAUUAAAUCCAUUAUUAAAAAUGACACCACAACAAACCUGCCAAGACCGGGCCGCAAUUCACAGACCAGGCAAGUAGGGCAUUACUCAGAGAGGCAACAAAGCCCUGAAGGAGCUGCUAAGCUCCACAGCGGAGAUUGGAGUAUCUGUCCAUAGGCCACUUUAAGCCAUACACUCCACAGAGCUAGGCUUUUACGGAAGAGUGGCCAGAAAAAAGCCAUUGCUUAAAGAAAAAAAUAAGCAACCACGUUUGGUGUUCACCAAAAGGCAUGUGGAAGACUCCCCAAACAUAUGGAAGAAGGUACUCUGUUCAGAUGAGACUAAAAUUGAGCUUUUUGGCCAUCAAGGAAAGCGCUGUCUGGUGCAAACCCAACACCUCUCAUCACCCUGAGAACACCAUCCAUCCAGUGAAGCAUGGUGGUGGCAGCAUUAUGCUGUGGGAAUGUUUUUCAUCGGAAUGAUGGAUGGCGCUAAAUACAGGGAAAUUCUUGAGGGAAACCUGUUUCAGCCUUCCAGAGAUUUGAGACUGGGACGGAGGUUCACCUUCCAGCAGGACAAUGACCCUAAGCAUACUGCUAAAGCAACACUCAAGUGGUUUAAGGGGAAACAUUUAAAUGUCUUGGAAUGGCCUAGUCAAAGCCCAGACCUCAAUCCAAUUGAGAAUCUGUGGUAUGACUUAAAGAUUGCUGUACACCAGCGGAACCCAUCCAACUUGAAGGAGCUGGAACAGUUUUGCCUUGAAGAAUGGGCAUAAAUCCCUGUGGCUAGAUGUGCCAAGUUUAUAGAGACAUACCCCAAGAGACUUGCAGCUGUAAUUGCUGCAAAAGGUGGCUCUACAAAGUAUUGACUUUGGGGUGGGGUAAAUAGUUAUGCAUGCUCAAGUUUUCAGUUUUUUUGUCUUAUUUCUUGUUUGUUUCACAAUAAAAAAAUAUUUUGCAUCUUCAAAGUGGUAGGCAUGUUGUGUAAAUGAAAUGAUACAAACCCCCCAACAAAAUCAAAUUUAAUUCCAGCUUGUAAGGCAACAAAAUAGGAAAAAUGCCAAAGGGGGUGAAUACUUUCGCAAGCCACUGUACUAGGCUAGGUCAGGUCACAGUGAAUGCUGCCAGCAUCAGUCACCCCCACCACUGUCUUUCUACACUGUUCCCUACUCCUGUACUUUUUUAUUUUAUUUAACCUUUAUUUAACCAGGUAGGCCAGUUGAGAACAGGUUCUCAUUUACAACUGCAACCUGGCCAAGAUAAAGCAAAGCAGUGCGAUAAAAACAACAACACAGAGUUACACAUGGGAUAAACAAAACAUAUAGUCAAUAACACAAUAGAAAAACUAUAUACAAUGUGUGCAAAUGUAGUUAGUUAUGGAGGUAAGGUAAUAAAUAGGCCAUAGUGCAAAAUAAUUAAAGUUUUAUAUUAACACUGGAGUGAUAGAUGUGAGAAGAUGAUUUGCAAAUAGAGAUACUGGGGUGCAAAUGAGCAAAAUAAAUAACAAUAUGGGGAUGAGGUAGUUGGGUGGGCUAAUUUCAGAUGGGCUGUGUACAGGUGCAGUGAUCGGUAAGCUGCUCUGAGAACUGAUGCUUAAAGUUAGUGAGGGAGAUAAGAGUCUCCAGCUUCAGAGAUUUUUGCAGUUCGUUCCAGUCAUUAGCAGCAGAGAACUGGAAGGAAUGGCGGCCAAAGGAGGUGUUGGCUUUGGGGAUGACCAGUGAGAUAUACCUGCUGGAGCGCAUUCUACGGGUGGGUGUUGCUAUGGUGACCAAUGAGCUAAGAUAAGGCGGGGAUUUGCCUAGCAGAGAUUUAUAGAUGACCUGGAGCCAGUGGGAUUGGCGACGAAUAUGUAGUGAGGGCCAGCCAUCGAGAGCGUACAGGUCACAAUGGUGGGUAGUAUAUGGGGCUUUGGUGACAAAAUGGAUGGCACUGUGCUAGACUACAUCCAAUUUGCUGAGUAGAGUGUUGUUGGCAAUUUUGUUAAAUGACAUCGCCGAAGUCAAGGAUUGGUAGGAUAGUCAGUUUUACGAGUGCAUGUUUGGCAGCAUGAGUGAAGGAGGCUUUGAUGCGAAAUAGGAAGCCAAUUCUAGAUUUAACUUUGGAUUGGAGAUGCUUAAUGUGAGUCUGGAAGGAGAGUUUACGGUCUAACCAGACACCUAGGUAUUUGUAGUUGUCCACAUAUUCUAAGUCAGACCCGCCGAGAGUAGUGAUUUUAGUCGGGCAGGCGGGUGCAAGCAGCGUUCGAUUGAAGAGCAUGCAUUUAGUUUUACUAGCGUUUAAGAGCAGUUGGAGGCUACGGAAUGAGUGUUGAAGCUCGUUUGGAGGUUUGUUAACACAGUGUCCAACGAAGGGCCAGAUGUAUACAAAAUGGUGUCGUCUGCAUAGAGGUGGAUCUGAGAGUCACCGGCAGCAAGAGCAACAUCAUUGAUAUACACAGAGAAUAGAGUCGGCCCGAGAAUUGAACCCUGUGGCACCCCCAUAGACACUGCCAGAGGUCCAGACAACAGGCCCUCUGAUUUGACACAUUGAACUCUAUCUGAGAAGUAGUUGGUGAACCAGGCGAGGCAGUCAUUUGAGAAACCAAGGCAAUUUAGUCUGCCAAUAAGAAUGCGGUGAUUGACAGAGUCAAAAGCCUUGGCCAGGUCGAUGAAGACGGCUGCACAGUACUGUCUUUUAUUGAUCGCGGUUAUAAUAUCGUUUAGGACCUUGAGCGUGGCUGAGGUGCACCCAUGACCAGCUCGGAAACCAGAUUGCGUAGCGGAGAAGGUAUGGUGGGAUUCGAAAUGGUCAGUGAUCUGUUUGUUAACUUGGCUUUCAAAUACUUUCGAAAGGCAGGGCAGGAUGGAUAUAGGUCUGUAACAGUUUGGAUCUAGAGUGUCACCCCCUUUGAAGAGGGGGAUGACCGCGGCAGAUUUCCAAUUUUAGAAAGAAAGGGUCCAGAUUGUCUAGCCCAGCUGAUUUGUAGGGGUCCAGAUUUUGCAGCUCUUUCAGAACAUCAGCUAUCUGAAUUUGGGUGAAGGAGAAGCGGGGGGGCAUGGGCAAGUUGCAGCGGAGGGUGCAGAGCUGGUGGCCGGGGUAGGGGUAGCCAGGUGGAAAGCAUGGCCAGCCGUAGCAAAAUGCUUGUUGAAAUUCUCGAUUAUCGUAGAUGUAUCGGUGGUGACAGUGUUUCCUAGCCUCAGUGCAGUGGGCAGCUGGGAGGAGGUGCUCUUAUUCUCCAUGGACUUUACAGUGUCCCAAAACCUUUGGGAGUUAGUGCUACAGGAUGCAAAUUUCUGUUUGAAAAAGCUAGCCUUUGCUUUCCUAACUGAUUGUGUAUAUUUGUUCCUGACUUCCCUGAAAAGUUGCAUAUCGCGGGGGCUGUUCGAUGCUAAUACAGUACACCACAGGAUGUUUUUGUGCUGGUCAAGGGCAGUCAAGUCUGGGGUGAACCAGGGGCUAUAUCUGUUCUUAGUUCUGAAUUUUUGGAAUGGGGCAUGCUUAUUUAAGAUGGAGAGGAAAGCACUUUUAAAGAACAACCGGGCAUCCUCUACUGACGGAAUGAGGUCAAUAUCCAUCCAGGAUACCGGGCCAGGUCAAUUAGAAAGGCCUGCUCGCUGAAGUGUUUUAGGGAGCGUUUGACAGUGAUGAGGGGUGGUCGUUUGACCGCGGACCCAUUACGGACGCAGGCAAUGAGGCAGUGAUUGCUGAGAUCCUGGUUGAAGACAGCGGAGGUGUAUUUAGAGGGUAAAUUAGUCAGGAUGAUAUCUAUGAGGGUGCCCAUAUUUACGGAUUUACAGUUGUACCUGGUAGGUUCCUUGAUAAUUUGUGUGUGAUUGAGGGCAUCUAGUUUAGAUUGUAGGACGGCCGGGGUGUUAAGCAUAUCCCAGUUUAGGUCACCAAGCAGUACGAUCUCAUGAGGAUAGAUGGGGGGCAAUCAAUUCACAUAUGGUGUCCAGGACACAGAUUGGGGCUGAGGGGGGUCUGUAGCAAGCUGCAACAGUGAGAGACUUAUUUCUGGAAAGGUGGAUUUUUAGAAGUAGAAGCUCAAACUGUUUGGGCACAGACCUGGAUAGUAUGAUAGAGCUCUGCAGGCUAUCUCUACAGUAGAUUGCAACUCCACCCCCUUUGGCAGUUCUAUCUAGACUGAAAUUGUUGUAGUUGGGGAUGGAAAUUUCAGAGUUUUUGGUGGCCUUCCUAAGCCAGGAUUCAGACACUGCUAGAACAGCAGGGUUGGCGGAGUGUGCUAACGCAGUGAAUAACUCAAACUUAGGGAGGAGGCUUCUGAUGUUAAUAUGCAAGAAACCAAGGCUUUUAUGGUUACAGAAGUCAACAAAUGAUAGCGCCUGGGGAGUAGGAGUGAUACUGGGGGCUACAGGGCCUGGGUUAACCUCUACAUCACCAGAGGAACAGAGGAGGAGUAGGAUAAGGCUAAAGGCUUUAAGAACUGGUCUUCUAGUGCGUUGGGUACAGAGAAUAAAAGGGGCUAUGCUCACUUUCUUUACUCUUACAGUAUUGACAUCAUGUCUCUGUAAUUGGCCCUCAGAAACAAAUGAAUAUCCGCUCAUCUAAUUUGAAAGGGGUGUGCGAAGUGAUCAAGUAGUAUUGUAAGAGGGUGUUAGGAAAUAAUUCAAAUGCACGCUGUUGAGCUAUUAACACGCUAAUUGUGUAUAGUUUUCUCUGCGUUAGCAUCAUAAUUCUACAUUGGGAUGCGCACACACACACACUACCACCAUCAUUUGACUGUGUUUACUGACCCCCUCUGCUGUAGACUGCUCUCCAUCUCCCUCAACCACUCUCCUUUUUGUAUAGAGAAUCCCCCUCUCCUUCCAUUUGUCUAUCCUCCCUCUCUCAUCCCUCGUUCCUCAUGCAUCCAUCCAAGCCAGCCCGUCUCUAUUGUGCAAGCUCUUGUUUCGAGUGCGGAGCUCUAAUGAUUUAUUCCUUAUUUAAAAGCUGCAUCUGCUAUGGGUAAUUGAAGGGUCCACUUCCUUUGAAGAAGACUACUGCUGAUGCACACACAAUCAUGCACGCACACCUACACACACACGUGCGCGUACAGAGACGUAGAGACACGCACACAUAAACACAGAGACACAGUCGUCACACGUUCAUACACAAACACACAGCCCAACUCAAACCAGAAGAACACUGCUAUGCAUCUAAAUGUUUUGGGCCUUUUGUCCUUACAAGAACACUUCAAAAUGAAAGGAGGGGAAGAGGAGGGGAGGGGCACACGCUGGCACGCUUCCCUCAAGUGGCAUCAAGAUAAACCGGCAACACAAUGGAAUGAAUGGGGAAUAAAUGAGUAAGCAAACUUUGCAUUAGUGUAGAUUAUUGAAGGGUCCGUCCGUCGGUAACAUCUGAAGUGCCUCAAGGAAAUGUUUUAGAUUCCCUUUUAGCAAUCACAGACCCCAAAUUGCACUUAAUUUAUUUUAAAGCCAUUAUUACCUUAGAUAACAACUCGUGAUGACGAACUAGUGUUGUACACACAACCAUUUUCCUCCAGAAAAGCCCUUGACUUUUUCAUAAUUGGGAUUUUCUUAUGAGAGGACAAAUUUAACUGAUACAAUACGACUUUAUUCCUCCCCUCAGAUUGUGCAUAAUUGCAUAUGAUUGGAGCAAUUAUAAUCGUAUUGACCAUGAACAAGUCACAGUGCUGUCGUCAUGGUUAUGUCACCAAUAAAGGUGAAUUUGAAUACAGUAUAGCCUAGUGAAUACAGUGGCUAGCUAUUCAACAUCACAAUGUUAGUCCAGUGUGGGGAUGAUCCACUAUAUAUUUGCUACUUUUAUUAUUUCACAUUUAGUCUGCCCUCGGCUCGUAAAUUAUCUGAAUCAACUAUCAGACAUAUUGAUCAACCUGAUUUAUUGUAGAAGUAAUUAAUCUAAAAGGCACAUUAACAUUUUAAUUACAUUUUACAUUUACGUCAUUUAGCAGACGCUCUUAUCCAGAGCGACUUACAAAUAGUGCUCAUGGUCAUACAGUACAUGUUUUUAUCUGCUUUCAUUCUUUUUUGGCCCUGAAGUCGAGACUAAUAUUAUUUUCCCACACAAUUCAGAUUAAAUACUUAGCCUUCUGGGGACCUCUGAAUGCAGAGGGAAACAAAUCACUCUUGCGCACUGCUCUCCAUAGAGGGAGGAUACGUUUUCCUUUAGGGCCUACCCUCUGGUAAAGCGUUGCGGAUUCCAUUCCUUAACUCAAUUCAAGAUAUUUAUUUAGGUAAUUCGCCAUACUGCAUAUGAAGUGAAGUGUCAUAAGAGGAUUGAGAAGAUGAGUGAGUCUCAGACCCCGUCUCUGUAAGCUACGUGUGUGUGUGUGUGUGUGCGCGCGUGCACCCACUACGCUACAUUAGGAAACCCUCUACUUUUUAAUUUUCCAAUCUAAACAGUGCUGUAGGAUAUGAGGAAUCGAAGCACAGAAUAGAGCAGUAACAUUAUGAGUAGUUAUGACCCUUGAUAGUCGUAUUUCAUCUUAGCGGUCGUCUUGGUAACUUGAGGGGCUGGAGGGUGUGUGUGGAAAAGGUAAUGCAUCUUUGAUUGAGAAUGAAGUGGUGUGUGAGAGGGUUAGCACCGCCGCUGUCAAGGCUCCAUCUCAUCUGGGUGCCACAUGCUGUUCCUCCGCCGCCCCGGCCGCCCCUCGCUCCCCUCAUCCAGACGUAUUGUUUUAUUCUGUCAUGUAUUCGCUUCACGGACGGCCUAAUCUAAUGCGAUUGAAGCCACUUACAUUUUUCAUAGUACACAUUAGCGGUUUAGUCCUGCCUGAGUGGACCAGGUUAAUGACUUUACCUUAAGGGCACUGCCAUCCUCGCCCAUCAUGGGACCCUCUCAGUCCUUCUUUGUGGGGUGGCUCGGAGGGCAGUGACACACUGGCACCCCUUUGAUAGGUGUCGCAAAACCUAUUUACUUCUGUGAAUGGCCUCAUUCCACUCCAAAAAGGCAUUUGUCUUGUCAGUACAUGACUUUGAUACUGCAGUAGACAAUAUGUCAUGUUAUAUUCAUGGUACAGAGGUAGAGUUUGAGAAUAGAUAUAGGCCCAGUAAAUAAUGCAAUGUCAAAUCCAUAUACUUACUUAGUUAGACCGCCUUUGAAUUCCUCACGGAACACAGCCCAUCAAAUUCAAGGAAGUGCAUAAAUGUUUGUUUCCACCCUGUUUAUGUAGUAGCACUUUAACAUUUACAAUUCUAUUUACAGCAGUGUAUAAAAUAUAUAUUUCCAUUAGAGCUGGGACGAUAAACCGAAAAUGAUCGACACCGACCAUAGCGAUCACUUAUCGCAGGCCUUUUGCUGAUAUUGUUCAUUACGAUAAGUAGCCUAUACCAGAGAAAUGUGAAGUUUGAAAUGAAGUAAUUGUGUUAAUAUGGGUGAUUGUUAAUGGGACAAGUGAUGGCUACAAUAAUCAAACUAGUAGUAGUAGUUUAAAGAAUAAUAUUUACCAACUGUAGUGCACAUUAAUGUUAUAAACUUAUCGAUCUAUUUGUCGGUAUUGCAUCAGUUCAUUUAUUUUUGUCCAGAUCACCCAGUUCAGUUUUACAUACUGCAAAUACAUAAUUGUAGGGGACAGAACCACCUCAGUGUCAAACAAAUCCACUUAACGGAAAGAGGGAAGUAUGUGUAUGCAUUGACUGUGCUGUCCAUGGUGCUGCAUUCUGGUAGUGUGUGUGUGUGAGAGUGACUUAUCUGUGUAUGUGUGUGACUGUUCUGUGUGUGCAGUCUGUUACUGUUCUGUGUCUGGCUAGCCUUUAUGUUUCCGUCUGGAACAUGAAGUACUUUUUUGCACCCUUCAGAUGUUGUGUUCUUCCAACAUUUUAACCUUUGCGCAGAAUUCCAGCCAGCGUGAUCGUCCCUUUGCUGGGAAUCUUUUUGUUUAUCCAUUCAGAAGUUUUCACCACUUAUGUUGUUGCUUCUUUUCCCCUCACCCCUUUUUUGUAUUUCUCUAUUUAAAACGAUCCUUCUUCCCCGCGUCCCUCUCUUCCUGCCAGGUACCUGAUGGACGGAGCGGAGUCCAGCUCGGAGGGGAGCGACGUAGAGGAGGAUGAAGAGGGGGAGGAGGAAAAAGAGAGGAGGGUGAGGUCCUCUUAAACCGUUCCAUGACCUAGCAGUAGGACAUGACAUGACAUGACAUUAUUGCCUAAGAAAAAAUACAUCUGCUUCAAAUAAUUAUUCUGAUUUACAUAAUUGUAUUUGUUCUAUUCCCUCCCCUGUACUGCCCUCUCCCUCGUUGGCAGACUCCACAAAAGAGGAGAGAAGAAGAACGGCAACCCACUCCCAGAAAGGCCCCCAUCAAGGAAGAGGAGGAUGAUCUGUAUGGUGGCUCCACAGACGCAGAUGAACCAGGUUUGCAUUAUACACACCUACGAUAAACUGAAAUUAGCGGGAUUUUGCUACACAACGUUCCUGUAGAUUGUUCUAAAACUAUUAUUUGGGGAAUGGUAAUAGCCUAUGCAUUAUGUUGAUUCCUGUUAUAAAAGUAUCUGCCUGUCCCUGUUUCACUGUCGACUGCUGUCUCUCACUCCCCGCUGUGCGCACGGAGAAGCACAAGCAUAUGACCGUUGCUCAAAAUGCUAAUGCGGGAAACAUGUAGUUUUCAAAGCAACUACAGUUCUAUACUGAACAGAAAUAUAAACACAACAUGCAAUAAUUUCAUUGAUUUUACUGAGUUACACAGUUCAUGUGAGGAACUCAAUCAAUUGAAAUAAAUUAAUUAGGCCCUAAUCUAUGGAUUUCACGACUGGGAAUACAGAAAUGCAUCUGUUGGUCACAGAUACCUAAUAAAAAAUGGGCCAAAGGAUCUUGUCAUGGUAUUUUUUAGCAUUAAAAUUGCCUCGUUGUCCGUAGCUUAUGCCUGCCCAUACCAUAACCCCACUGCCACCAUGGGGCACUCUGUUCACAACUUUGACAUCAGCAAACCGCUCGCACUCCUUUUUAAACGAACAACAGAACAGAUACUCAUUUGCGUAGCGGACAUUAUUCUCACCACUUAUUUAUAAAUCUGCAUAAAUCAUUGCUGCCAGUUUUCUCGUGAGCUAAUGGUGUUUUCAGCUCACAACAGACAACUACAUACUUUUGAUAGCAGCUGAAUCACACGUGUCAGAAUGAAAGGACCCUGACACAGUGUUGGAAAGGGAGGAGAAAGGAACAUACUCUCUGGCCAUACUCCUUUCCAGAGACUUGUUUCAUCAUCUUUUCCUGCAAGAGCCAUUAUUUCCAUUUACUUUAUUGCCAUAAAUGUUUUUCUACAACCAUGUAGUGAAUUAAAUCGCUCGAUGGGCUUAAUACAUUUGCUCAAGUAGCUAGCCGAGGAAGAGAGUGGGACUAACACCACUAAGACUGAAGAGGAUGGAAAUGAAAGAGGGUGAAAUGGACAGAGGGAGCGAAGGAAGGAGGAGAGAAGUUGGGAAAAGACUGCUUUAUUGGGAUGGACGGAAUGACAACACCGCCAUUAAAAGGACAGGUAGAGAGGGAUGCAUGUUGAGAGGACAAGGGGAGUGAAAGGACGGAAAGAAACACUUGCGUAGAGCAAUCGCUGCCGAGAGACUUGUGCAUGAUUCUAAUUUCUAUGGUAAUGCGAGGCCAGGAGUAAGUGGUCCGGGCGCAUUAGUGAGACGAGCACGUCUUUACUAACGCAUCACAUACCAAAAAACAGGAAAGGGGGAAGAAGAAUGAAUCGCGACUGGGUGCAUCUCAAUAGUCUAGAAGUAGCUUAUUUUCCUUGUCUUCAUCUGCACUGAUUGGAAAAUACAUAUUAACAAUUUUAAGGAACUUAGCCUUUAACAAGGGCCUAAGUACAUGGCCUAUUUAUUUUGGAAGAGCAAAGCUUAGAGAGGUAUGGGUGAAGCACUUACGUUUCUACAGCAUAGUAUAGACUAAGUUAUGACCUGAUGUAGGUUAAUAAGAUGGUAUGCUUCUGAUGAAGGUUAUGUUCUUCUGAUGUAAUAAUGUGUUAUUCUUCUCCUCUCCUAUCUCCCACAGAAGAUGAGUCUGGCAUGGACACGGAGGACGAGCUGAAAAGGUAACUAACAACAUCAAUGAACAUGAAUGGAUAUUAUUCAUAUUUGACUGUAGCGGGGGUUGAAGCCAUGUCCUACUACAGGACCUCUGGGUUGACAGUGCCUCUGCCCUAGCGUGGUCUCAGAUCUCUGUGCUAUCGGAGUUGCCCAAUGACAAUAGGAGUUGCCCAAUGACCAUAGGAGUUGGCAAGACAGCACAAAGAUCUGGGACCGUGCUACCUUGAUCCUCUUGUUGCUCAUCAUGGUUAUAAUUACACAUAUGUAUAAUUUACCCCUCUCUUUAAGGUGGGCGUGGGUAGGUUGAAGAGAGAUUGUUCUCAUUUUGAUUCAUUAGCUGUCGGAUUGCGUCGUCGUGAAUGUAAAAUAAUUGCUGAGCUUGUUGGUGGAAAGGAUUUUUGUCUAUACAAGUCUAAAACUCCACCAUACUGAAAUGGUCUUGCGUCAAACAUUUCCCUCGAGCUCUUUCAGUAAUCUGAAGAAAGCGUGGGUGUUUGUUUUGUAUGUGGGCAGAAAUGUCUGGUUCUGUCAGUUGUAUUUGUUGUGCGGCAUCACAACAGAAUGAACAGAUGUGGUGUCUCUUCAUUCAAGGACACCAGCAGAGCAUCAGUCAAUAGUUUCAUAACCCCCCUUUCAUAAACAACUUUUCUCUCUCGUCGGCAGGGUGGAGAGCGCGAGUCGGCAGAAGAAAGGAGAGAAGGAGAGAAGGGAAGUGAAGGAGGAGGACCCUUUCGGGGGAUCGACGGACGAGAACACAGAUGCUGAGGCCGAGGAGAACAAGCCCAUCCCUGAGCUACCAGGUCUGUCUGACCUUGUCUGCCUCUCUCUGUGCAGUCUGUAUAGUCUGUGCUGGCUAGCUGUGUCUGUCAGUUUGUUUGUUCUUGCUCAUUGGUCAUGUUAUUCUAAAUUACUAAAGUACUUUUCUGUCAUCCACACUGGUUUUUCACGACGCUCACAAACAUUAAGUUGUCAAAUUGCACACAAUUUCCUAUAUUUUUCCCAUCAGUGAUGAACAAUGAUUACUGUAAUGCUAUGCAGGGGGUCUUGCUCUCAUGCUGAUUUAUAUAUUUUUUUUACUACCCUUUAGAUUUCCUAACUGGAAAGCGAUUCUUCCUCUACGGCAAGUUCCCCAACAAUGACAGACGCCUACUCCUGCGGUACAUCAUGGCCUUCAAUGGGUAAGGAGACGAAAGAGAGACUGACUACAGAAUGAGAGUAGGGCAGAUUUGUCCUAUUACAGUAGUACUUUACUAGUACUUUUUGAGUUAAUACAAGUGAUCAGCGGAUUUAUUUUUUUUUUAUUUCACCUUUAUUUAACCAGGUAAACCAGUUGAGAACAGGUUCUCAUUUACAACUGCGACCUGGCCAAGAUAAAGCAAAGCAGUGCAAUAAAAACAACACAGAGUUACAUAUGGGGUAAAAAAAACAUAAAGUCAAAAAUACAACAGAAAAUAUAUAUACAGUGUGUGCAAAUGUAGCAAGUUAUGGAGGUAAGGCAAUAAAUAGGCUAUAGUGCAGAAUAAUUACAAUAGUAUUAACACUGGAAUGCUAGAUGUGCAAGAGAUUAUGUGCAAAUAGAGAUACUGGGGUGCAAAAGAGCAAAAUAAAUAACAAUAUAGGGAUGAGGUAGUUGGGUGGGCUAAUUUCAGAUGGGCUGUGUACAGGUGCAAUGAUCGGUAAGGUGCUCUGACAACUGAUGCUUAAAGUUAGUGAGGGAGAUAAGAGUCUCCAGCUUCAGAGAUUUUUGCAAUUCGUUCCAGUCAUUGGCAGCAGAGAACUGGAAGGAAUGGCGGCCAAAGGAGGUGUUGGCUUUGGGAAUGACCAGUGAGAUAUACCUGCUGGAGCGCAGACUACGGGUGGGUGCUGCUAUGGUGACCAAUGAGCUAAGAUAAGGCGGGGAUUUGCCUAGCAGUGAUUUAUAGAUGGCCUGGAGCCAGUGGGUUUGACGACGAACAUGUAGUGAGGACCAGCCAACAAGAGCGUACAGGUCACAGUGGUGGGUAGUGUAUGGGGCUUUGGAGACAAAACGGAUGGCACUGUGAUAGACUACAUCCAAUUUGCUGAGUAGAGUGUUGGAGGCUAUUUUGUAAAUGACAUCGCCGAAGUCAAGGAUCGGUAGGAUAGUCAGUUUUACGAGGGCAUGUUUGGCAGCAUGAGUGAAGGAGGCUUUGUUGCGAAAUAGGAAGCCGAUUCUAGAUUAAAUUUUGGAUUGGAGAUUCUUUAUGUGAGUCUGGAAGUUGAGUUUACAGUCUAACCAGACACCUAGGUAUUUGUAGUUGUCCACAUACUCUAGGUCAGACCCGUCGAGAGUGGUGAUUCUAGUCGGGUGGGCGGGUGCCAGCAGCGUUCGAUUGAAAAGCAUGCAUUUAGUUUUACUAGUGUUUAAGAGCAGUUGGAGGCUACUGAAGGAUUGUUGUAUGGCAUUGAAGCUCGUUUGGAGGUUUGUUAACACAGUGUCCAAUGAAGGGCCAGAUGUAUACAAAAUGGUGUCGUCUGCGUAGAGGUGGAUCUGAGAGUCACCAGCAGCAAGAGCGACAUCAUUGAUAUACACGGAGAAAAGUGUCGGCCCAAGAAUUGAACCCUGUGGCACCACCAUAGAGACUGCCAUAGGUCCAGACAACAGGCCCUCCGAUUUGACACACUGAACUCUAUCUGAGAAGUAGUUGGUGAACCAGGCGAGGCAGUCAUUUGAGAAACCAAGGCUAUUUAGUCUGCCAAUAAGAAUGCGGUGGUUGACAGAGUCGAAAGCCUUGGCCAGGUCGAUGAAGACGGCUGCACAGUACUGUCUAUUAUCAAUCGCGGUUAUAAUAUCGUUUAUGACCUUGAGCUUGUGUGUCGUUGAGGGCUUUGAGGGCUUGUGUGUGUGUGUCGUUGAGGGCUUGUGUGUGAUGAGGGCUUGUGUGUCGUUGUACCUUUAUAAAACAGUGUUUGGAUCUCAAAGACGAGACGGGUAGCUUUCUCUCUCUCACUCUUUCUCUCCUCUUCUCUUCCCCUCCCAUAUCUCUCUCCCUCUUUCUUUGUUCCUCUCUCUCUCUCUCUUCAGGGCGGUGGAGGACUACAUGAGUGAGAAGGUCCAGUUUGUCGUCACUAGCGAAGGAUGGCACGACUCCUUUGAAGACGUGAGUGUGACCUCCCUUUUCGUUUCCUCGAAAGACCUCUUGAUGUUAAACACACACACACACACACACACACACACAUAUGAGAGUGUGAUACACAAGCAGGCAAGCUCACACACAGCACAAACAUGAUUGUGUAACACACACACACACACACUUAUAAAGGUCUCUCAUCUCUUUGUAAAGACACUGUAAUGACUCCAGGAAGAUAGAAUGAAAUCUGCUGCUAGUCAUCUAUGUAAAGUGCUCCAUUCAUAGUCUGCUCACAAAAAAGAGACAGAGAAAUGCAUAAUGACAUUUUCCCAUUGAAAGGCUUGGAAUUAAAUACCAUUGCCACUCUAGCUCCCACAUGAUUAUCUGAAGUGAAAUAAGUAGUACAUUUUUCCUGGAUAAAUAUUUAUAUUUUUUAUUUUAAAUAUUACAUUUUAGUCAUUUAGCAGACGCUCUUAUCCAGUGACUUACAGUUAGUGAGUGCAUACAUUUUUCAUGCAUACAAUAUCCCAAAAAGAACGGAUUCUAGGACAUGGAUUGUUUUAGGAAAGUCUUUUGAUGAGCUGUUUACCUACCUUUUUAGUGCAUCACUGAUGUUUGAUCUGAUAUUGGACGUGCGUGGUUAGUUGCCUUUUGAUGUAGGUCUGUUACAGGGACAUCUGUAUUUCACACCAGCUCAUUUGCAAUGGAAAGUGCUUCUGCCAAGUCACGAGCUAUUUAAAUAUAUAUGUUGUUGACCUAUUUGUUGUACCAUUUAAAAUAUUGGCUGGCAAACCCUCAUGCCCUCAAAGGGUUCAGUCUCUGUAGCCCUUUAUUAUUAAACAGAUUCCCACCUCCUGACAUAUUUUCCCUCUCUCUCCUCUCUCUCUUUCUCUCUCCCUCUCUGCCACAGGCGCUGAUGGAGAAUGGUAAUUUAAGCUUUGUCAAACCCACAUGGAUUUUUGCCAUCAACGAUCGACAGAAGAUGCUGCCAUAUCAGCCCUACACUGUUGUCCCUUGAGACUUGCAUUUGCCAACGUGCACACACACACACACAACAGUAUUGUACCUGUCCAAAGGGUAGGAGAGGUGUACGUUGACGCCAUAGACACUAGCUCUUUUCAGAUCCCUAGGUAAAUGACACCAAGCCCGUGACAUUUUGCUACAAAUGCCUUAACCUUACCUGAAGCCAUCCAGAGAGCUGGAUGAAAUGGUUUCCCUACCAGAGAUAGACUUAUCAUUACCGGUGCACAAAAAGAACUCGCCUAUCUGUCUCUCUUUCAGGGCUUUUUAAAACUCACUUCACACUGUCUGUCAUAUUGCUCACCUCCACUACCUCAGGGUCUAUGUGGAAACUCCAGUUAUCACUCAUGUCCUGAAAAGCCACUGGCUUUGAUAGAGGGGGGUGUAUUAGUGUUAGGAGCAACAUAAAGAGACCUACGUGUAGCCGGAAUGGCACCCUAUUCCAUAUAAAGUGCCCUAUGGGCCCUGGUCAAAAGUAGUGCACUACAUAGGGA